AAAAAAAUUGUACGAGGGUAAAUAACGUGAGAAGAACUUGUAGUUCGAAUCCUCAAUUUAAAAACUCUAGCAGUGACGCCGGGAGGAAGAAACUGUUAACAAAACCCUAAUUCCCCUCAGAAACCCUCUCUCCCUUCAAAUUAGGGUUCGAAUUGUGAAACCAAAACAUGGCUAGAAACGAAGAGAAAGCUCAAUCUAUGCUCAAUCGAUUCAUCACCCUAAAAGCCGAAGAAAAAAAGAAGCCAAAGGAACGCCGUCCUUAUCUAGCCUCGGAGUGCCGUGAUCUCGCCGAGGCCGACAAAUGGCGCCAGCAAAUCAUGCGCGAAAUCGGCCGCAAAGUUGCCGAAAUUCAAAACGAAGGUCUCGGGGAGCACCGGCUCCGCGACCUGAAUGACGAGAUCAACAAACUGAUUCGAGAGAAAUCGCACUGGGAGCGAAGAAUUGUCGAACUUGGUGGGCCCAAUUACACCAAACACUCCGCGAAAAUGACGGACUUAGACGGAAAUAUUGUUGAUGUCCCAAACCCUGGUGGACGUGGGCCGGGGUACCGGUACUUUGGGGCGGCGAAGAAACUUCCAGGUGUGAGGGAGUUGUUUGAGAAGCCUCCUGAGUUGAGGAAGAGAAGAACUCGGUAUGAUAUUUAUAAGAGGAUUGAUGCAAGUUAUUAUGGGUAUAGAGAUGAUGAAGAUGGGGUUUUGGAGAAAGUCGAGGGGCCUGCAGAAGCCAAAAUGAGGGCAGAGGCGGAGGAGGAGUGGCGAAGGAUGGAGGAGAUAAGGAGAGAGGCAAAGAAGGCGGUGAAGAGUGGGGAAGUGGUGAGUGUUGGGGUUUUGAAGGAUUUAUUGUUUGAGGGGGAAGAGGAUGCGGUGGAGGAGGAGAGGAGAGAGAUGGAGAAGGAGAAGAUUGAGAAGGAGAGGGAGUUUGUUGUGCACGUGCCAUUGCCGGAUGAGAAAGAGAUUGAGAAGAUGGUAGUUGAGAGGAAGAAGAUGGAGUUGUUGAAUAAGUAUGCCACCAAAGACUUGGUGGAAGAGCAGAAUGAGGCAAAAACUCUACUUAAUAUUCAACGCUAGAUAAUGAGAGCGACAAUGAUGAUUUUCCAUCUGCAUCAAAGACUUGUGCAAGACAUGUAAUGUUCGUGGCAGAGGAACCACAACUGCUCUUUUCCCUGAGACUCUUCUAUAUUUAGCUCUUCCUAGGCAUUGAUCUUGCAGCAGCCUUCCAAUGCCCCCUCACAUCACAUUUGCCAGUUGCCACAAUAGCUUCAUUGAAUCGAAUUUGCCACAAUAGCCUUCCAAUGCCCCCUCACAUCGAGCCAAAUUUGAAUCGAAUCGAACUGUCUGUCCAACUCGCGAGUCGAACUCUCUAUAGCCUAAGAUCGGUUCAGUUUUAAAACGAGCCGAGUAUCUUAACUUGAACUCGGUUCAUAUUUGAAGUAUACGCAUUCAAAUCGAGCUGAAUCGAGUCAAGUUGGCUUUUGAGCCCAAGCCAGCUUGGUUCAGGUCCAGUCCUAGCUUUGAGUCAUGGGAUCUGAACUCUUUGCUGGUUUUUUUAUUGCAUUUCUGCAUACAUGGAAGGAAAUGUGUCUUUAAGUUUACUGAAAGCCAGCUGUUCAUUGAAGAUGAUGUCAUUUAUGUGCUUUGCUUCGAUGGUUUAGAAAUCUACAACAGAAUAUUAUUAAUCGAA